AUGAAUCAGAUUAGAGACGCAGCCUAUGAUGCAGAAGACAUAAUCGACGACUUCAUGCUCAAGCUGGAACACCAGCGCCAGCACAGACUCAAUCAUCUCAAGUUCCUCAGGUGUUUACCCAUAAGCGUUAGCUUUGCUGACAAGUUAACAUUGGUUCACGAGCUCCAUGGCCGUAUCAAAGAGAUCAAUGUCAAAAUUGAGAAGACCUUGGCUAAUAAAUCGAGAUGCGGUAUAAAAAAUUCAAGCAGUACUACUUUUGAAGCUUGGAAAUCUUCCAAUGAAGUCGUGCUGCAGGAAGAGAAGGAGAGGCUCCCAAUUGUUGAAGAAAUCAACUCAGUGGGAAUGGAAGAUGGCGUGGAAAAGGUGAAGCAAAUGCUCGUUGAGGAAGAGUCAUCGGGAACAACAACAACAAGAAGAAGAGUUGUGUCCAUUGUGGGGAUGGGCGGUCUUGGAAAAACAACUCUUGCUCAAAGAGUUUAUAAUCACAGUGAUGUUAAGAACCACUUUGAUUGUGUUACAUGGGUUUAUGUGUCUCAAGAUUGCAGAAUCAAAGAGCUUUUGGUCGGGAUCGCCAAUGAUUUCAUGCCUGAUCGUGAUGAACAAAGAAAAAUAUCAAAGAAAGCGUCGAGAGAAGAUAUUAAUAAAUUUCUCAAGGAAAAGAAGUACCUGGUAGUACUGGACGAUAUAUGGAGCAUCAAAGUUUGGGAUGAGUUGAUCUCAUGUUUUCCAGAAUCAAGUAAUGGCAAAGUGCUUAUCACUACUCGCAAUCAGGAGAUCACUUCACAUGCCAAUUCACAGCUCUACAAACUUCGUCUACUAAAUAAAACAGAAAGUUGGGAGCUUUUCCUCAAAAAAACACCUCACAUUGAGGUUGUACUCACUGCAGAAUUGGAAGAUUUGGGAAAGAAGAUGACAGAAAAAUGUCAUGGGCUGCCUCUUGCCAUUGUGGCGUUGGGAAGCCUUCUAUCAAGAAAAGACCAGACAACUUCAUCAUGGAGGAAAGUACUUGAAAGCUUGGAGUGGCAUCUAAAUCAAGGCUUGGAGUCAUGUUUCAGAAUUCUUGCUUUAAGUUACAAUGACUUGCCUUAUUACUUGAAGUCUUGUUUUCUGUAUUGUGGUCUUUUUCUCGAAGAUUCAGAGAUCAAGGUCAAUAAAUUGUUCCAAACGUGGAUUACAGAGGGCUUUGUGCAAAGAUGGGGUGAAGACAAGGUAGAAAAGGUUGCUGAAGAUUACUUGGAAGAACUGAUCAACAGAAGCAUGAUUCGAGUGGUGAAUGUCGAGAUGAGAAUCAAUUAUGAUUUUUCCACUGAUUUUCAUUAA